UUCAUUAUUUUGACAAAGUUGGAUCAACUUUUUAAGAUGCCCAUCAAUCUCCAUCUCUCAUUGGCAUAAGAUAUUAUUAUUAUUAUUAUUAUAAUUAUUAUUAUUAUUUAAUAAUAAUAAUAUUUUUAUUCAAAAUUUAUUUUCAUGGUUUAAAUAUGUAAUUGUGUGGUCAACAUGAAGUAAGCAUUUGUGUUCGUUUCAUGGGUUCAUAGUAUCUUUUCAUGUAUGUAUUUCCGAUUCUACUUUCUGGGUUUUCUUUGUUAUGGUGAAAAGGGGUGUAGCUUAAUUUUAGUUACAAACUAUUGUUUCAGUUCCAGUGAGAGAAGAAAGUUGAUCAAUAAUGGCUUUUAAGCCAUUGGAAUGGUAUUGCCAGCCAGUGGUCAAUGGUGUUUGGGCAACAGCAGUGCAGAAUGCUCUUGGGGCUUUUACACCCUGUGCAACCGACACCGUUGUGAUUUGUUUUUCCCAUUUGGUUAUGAUGGGGCUUUGUCUAUAUCGGAUUUGGAUUACCCACAAGAAUCUCAAAGCUCAAAAAUUCUGUUUGAGGUCCAAUUACUAUAAUUACUUUUUGGUUUGUUUGGCUGGUUAUGCUGCUGCUGAGCCUUUGUUUAGGUUAAUCAUGGGUGUUUCCGUGCUUAAUUUGGAUGGACAGGCCGGUCUUGCACCUUACGAGGUUCUCUCGUUAGUCGUUGAGGUUCUUGCGUGGUUCUCAGUGCUUGCCAUGAUUGCCAUAGAAACUAAAGUUUAUGUUCGAGAAUUUCGAUGGUUUGUCCGAUUUGGUGUUAUUUAUGCUUUGGUUGGAGAUGCUGUCAUGCUCAAUCUUGUUUUCUCUGUGAAGGAGCACUAUGAUAGAUCAGUGUUGUAUCUCUACCUUAGUGAGGUUAUCGUCCAGGGACUAUUCGGAGUUCUUUUAUUUGUCUACCUUCCUAGCUUGGAUUCUUACCCGGGAUAUACACCCAUAAGGCAUGAACAAAUCGAAGACAAUGAGUAUGAGGAACUUCCUGGCGGCGAGCUAAUCUGCCCAGAGAGGCAUGUUAACAUAUUUUCCAAAAUUGUUUUUUCAUGGAUGAACCCCCUCAUGGAACUUGGUUAUAGAAGGCCAUUAACAGAGAAAGAUGUAUGGAAGCUAGACACAUGGGAUCAGACGGAAACAUUGAUUAGCAAUUUUCAGAGAUGUUGGGUUGAAGAAUCUCAAAGACAAAAACCUUGGCUUCUGAGAGCUUUAAAUAAAAGUCUUGGAGGAAGGUUCUGGUGGGGAGGAUUCUGGAAGAUUGGGAAUGAUCUUUCACAAUUUGUUGGUCCACUCUUACUCAACAGCCUCCUCAAGUCGAUGCAACAAGGGGAUCCUGCUUGGAUAGGUUACAUCUAUGCCUUUUCAAUCUUUGUUGGAGUGGUUUUGGGGGUAUUGUGUGAAGCACAAUAUUUUCAGAAUGUUAUGCGUGUUGGGUACCGCCUACGAUCAACACUGGUUGCUUCUGUUUUUCGCAAAUCUUUAAGACUAACCCAUGAGAGUCGCAAAAAUUUUGCAUCUGGGAAAAUAACCAAUAUGAUGACAACUGAUGCUGAAUCCCUCCAGCAAACUUGCCAGUCACUUCAUACAGUGUGGUCAGCUCCAUUUCGCAUCGUUAUUGCCAUGGUUCUUCUUUAUCGGGAGCUUGGGGUGGCUUCUAUUGUUGGUGCUUUAAUGCUAGUUCUUUUGUUCCCUAUACAGACAUCAAUAAUCAGCAAGAUGCAGAAGUUGACCAAAGAGGGCUUACAACGUACUGACAAGAGAAUUGGCCUUAUGAAUGAAAUAUUGGCAGCCAUGGAUACCGUGAAAUGCUAUGCAUGGGAGACUAGUUUCCAAGGAAAGGUCCAAAGCAUACGAGGGGAAGAGCUGUCAUGGUUUCGCAAAGCGCAGAUGCUAGCAGCGCUGAACAGUUUUAUACUGAAUAGUAUACCUGUUAUGGUGACUGUGGUCUCUUUUGCAAUAUUCUCACUUCUUGGAGGUGAUUUGACGCCAGCAAGGGCAUUCACAUCACUUUCUUUAUUUGCAGUUCUGCGGUUUCCACUUUUUAUGCUUCCAAACGUCAUAACACAAGUUGUAAAUGCAAAUGUAUCUCUGAAGCGUUUGGAAGAACUAUUGCUUGCUGAGGAGAGAGUACUUCGCCCAAAUCCACCUCUUGAACCUGGGAAGCCAGCUAUCACGAUAAGGAAUGGGACCUUCUCUUGGGAUUCAAAGGCAGAGAAGCCCACCCUAGCCAAUGUAAAUUUAGAUAUACCUGUUGGAAGCUUAGUUGCGAUCGUAGGUGGUACUGGAGAGGGUAAGACAUCACUAAUUUCUGCAAUGCUUGGGGAACUUUCUUCAAUGUCUUCGGAUACAAGUGCAGUCAUUAGAGGGACAGUUGCUUAUGUGCCACAAGUUUCUUGGAUAUUCAAUGCAACUGUGCGCGAUAACAUUCUGUUUGGAUCAGAAUUUGAACCAGCAAAAUAUGAGAGGGCAUUAGAUGUUACAGCCUUGAAGCAUGACCUGGAAUUACUUCCAGGUGGUGAUCUUACUGAGAUUGGUGAAAGAGGAGUGAACAUAAGUGGUGGACAAAAGCAAAGAGUAUCAAUGGCUCGUGCUGUUUAUUCCAAUUCAGAUGUUUUCAUCUUUGAUGAUCCUUUGAGCGCUUUAGAUGCUCAUGUGGGCCGACAGGUUUUUGAAAAAUGUAUCAAGGAAGAGCUAAAAGGAAAAACGAGGGUACUCGUUACCAAUCAGUUGCAUUUUCUAUCACAGGUUGAUAGAAUCAUUCUAGUUCAUGAUGGUGUUAUAAAAGAAGAGGGUACUUUUGAGGAAUUGUCUGAGGAAGGAUUGAUGUUCCAAAAAUUGAUGGAAAAUGCUGGGAAAAUGGAAGAAUAUGCAGAUGAGACGCAUGAUGUUGAAAACAAGGAUGAAAAGGUUCCAGAAGCUGGAGCAAAUGGAAGCAUCGUUGACAAACCAAUAGGUUCAACUGAUACACAAAAGCCUAAAGAAUCAAAGUCUGUUCUGAUCAAGCAAGAAGAACGAGAGACAGGUGUUGUGAGCUUGAAUGUCUUAAUGAGAUACAAAAAUGCACUUGGAGGGACAUGGGUGGUUAUCGUACUUCUUAUGUGCUACGUCAUUACAGAAGUUCUACGUGUUUCAAGUAGCACAUGGUUGAGUGCUUGGACAGAUCAAAGUGGAACCAACAAAUAUGGACCAGGAACUUACAACCUAGUUUAUGCUAUUCUAUCAUUCGGUCAGGUUCUGGUUACAUUGUUUAAUUCCUACUGGUUGAUCACAUCAAGUCUUUAUGCGGCUAAGCGACUCCACGAUGCCAUGCUUAAGUCUAUUUUAAGAGCUCCGAUGGUUUUUUUUCAAACCAAUCCUCUUGGACGGGUGAUCAAUAGAUUUGCAAAGGAUCUUGGUGACAUAGAUCGAAAUGUUGCUGUAUUUGGAAAUAUGUUUCUGAAUCAAGUGUCACAGCUUCUUUCAACUUUUGUCUUGAUUGGAAUUGUGAGCACCAUGUCCCUGUGGGCCAUCAUGCCUCUUCUGGUCGUGUUUUAUGGCGCCUAUUUAUAUUAUCAGAGCACUGCACGGGAGGUUAAACGGUUGGAUUCAAUCAGCCGAUCUCCUGUUUAUGCACAGUUUGGAGAAGCAUUGAAUGGGCUAUCAACUAUCCGUGCCUACAAAGCAUAUGAUCGAAUGGCCAACAUCAAUGGAAAGUCUAUGGACAACAAUAUCAGAUUCACCCUUGUGAACAUGAGUGGAAACCGCUGGCUUGCUAUCCGUUUAGAAACACUAGGAGGCCUCAUGAUAUGGCUUACAGCAACUUUUGCUGUUAUGCAGAAUGGGAAUGCAGAGAACCAGGAGGCGUUUGCCUCUACAAUGGGUUUGCUGCUUAGUUAUGCUUUAAAUAUCACUGGGCUGUUGACUGGUGUGCUAAGGCUUGCAAGUCUUGCAGAAAAUAAUUUCAAUUCAGUUGAACGGGUUGGAACUUAUAUUGAUUUGCCUUCUGAGGCACCUCCAGUCAUUGAAAGCAAUCGCCCUCCUCCUGGUUGGCCGUCAUCAGGUUCUAUCAAGUUUCAGGAUGUGGUAUUACGUUACCGACCUGAACUUCCUCCUGUCCUCCAUGGUGUCUCCUUUACAGUACCCCCUAGUGACAAGGUUGGAAUUGUUGGGCGAACUGGAGCAGGGAAAUCAAGCAUGCUUAAUGCAUUAUUCCGUAUUGUAGAACUCGAACGCGGGAUAAUUUUAAUUGAUGACUGUGAUAUUGCCAAAUUUGGACUCACUGAUCUGCGCAAAGUUCUCGGAAUCAUCCCGCAAGCACCUGUUUUGUUUUCAGGAUCUGUACGAUUUAAUCUUGAUCCUUUUAAUGAACAUAAUGAUGCUGACCACUGGGAAGCUUUAGAGAGAGCCCAUUUGAAGGAAGUCAUCAGGAGGAAUCCUUUGGGUCUGGAUGCCGAGGUAUCUGAAGCUGGGGAAAACUUCAGCGUUGGUCAGCGACAACUCCUGAGUCUUGCUCGAGCUUUGUUACGAAGGUCCAAGAUCCUGGUUCUUGAUGAAGCAACUGCUGCCGUUGAUGUUAGAACUGAUGCUCUAAUUCAGAAAACAAUACGAGAAGAGUUUAAAUCAUGUACAAUGCUGAUUAUCGCACAUCGGCUCAACACUAUUAUUGACUGUGAUCGCAUCCUCCUCCUCGAUGCUGGGAAGGUAGUAGAAUAUGAUACCCCAGAGAAACUUCUGCUAAAUAAUGAAAGUGCAUUCUCUAAGAUGGUUCAAAGUACCGGAGUUGCAAAUGCUCAGUAUUUGCGUAGCCUCGUACUUGGAGUUGAAGGGGAACAUAAAUCAACUGCUGACGAUGAUAGACUAGAUGGGCAAAGAAGAUGGCUGGCAUCUUCCCGAUGGGCUGCUGCAGCUCAGUUUGCGCUUGCAGUGACCUUAACGUCAUCACAGAAUGACCUUCAGCGGUUAGAGAUUGAAGACGAGGAUAAUAUUCUAAAGAAGACAAAGGAUGCAGUUAUCACGCUGCAGGGUGUUUUGGAAGGAAAGCAUGAUAAAGCUAUUGAGGAAACUCUCGAACAAUACGAAGUUCCUAAAGAUAGGUGGUGGUCUUCUCUAUAUAAAGUGGUUGAAGGUCUUGCCGUGAUGGGUAGAUUGUCACGAAGUAGGCUUCAUCAUCCUCAGUACCAUUUUGACGACAAGUCUAUUGACUGGGAUCAUGUCGAAAAUGAAGUUAAUCUUUGAGUCGAUUGCUUAUGUAAUCGGUUGAGUGGUUUUUGUAAUGCAUUCGACAAAGAACUAAUUAGGCGAUUUUCUAUAAUGAUAACAGUAGACAUUAGUGUCUUCAUUGUUGUAGCUUUUGAGAGUUAUAUAUACUAAAUUUCAUUUGAAAUCUUUCUAAGACAAACGUCUUUUAUGUUUGAAA